GCUACACAUAAGACAAGAAACGAGGGAAGAGAUUUGGCGCGGCAGGCAGAGACGCAGCGGAUACCGGAGGAAGGACACCGGCCCUCCGUCUGCUGCUUCCUUGUUUUGGAUCGAGACCCGAAUACAAGUUCAUUGCUGCAUAGCUUUCAUCCGCUCUGUUUUCCUCAAGUCUGUUGCGAGCGUGUGGGCUCGGACGAAACGACCGCGAAAAUGCCGCCCGUGGAAAAUGACAGCGGGAAGAAUGACAUCAAGUCCCGGAUCCAGCAGCUGAUCGACUCCAACCAAGUGAUGGUUUUCAGUAAAAGUUACUGUCCAUACUGUGUGAAGGUGAAAGACCUGUUCAAGGAGCUGAGCGUGGCGUGCAAUGUGGUGGAAUUGGAUCUUAUAGAUGAUGGAACCAACUACCAGGAGAUGCUGCUGGAGAUGACUGGACAGAAGACUGUUCCCAAUGUCUUCGUCAACAAGAAGCACAUCGGUGGCUGUGACAAAACGAUGCAGGCCCACAAGGAAGGCACUUUGCAGCAGCUUCUCGCUGGGGAAGAGUAUGACUACGACCUCAUUGUCAUCGGAGGAGGGUCUGGUGGCCUGGCCUGCUCAAAGGAAGCGGCUUCAAUGGGAAAGAGAGUCAUGGUUUUAGACUACGUGGUGCCCACACCAAAGGGAACCACUUGGGGUCUCGGCGGAACCUGUGUAAAUGUCGGCUGCAUCCCAAAGAAGCUAAUGCACCAGACAGCCUUGCUGGGAACCGCCUUGCAGGAUGCCCGGAAAUUCGGCUGGGAAUUUAAUGAGACAGGUGAGGACUCUGAACAGCGACCCAGAAGGUCACGAAGGGGGGACAUCACACCGUCAUGGCGUGUGAGUCACAAUUGGGAGACGAUGAAGAACGGCGUCAACGACUACAUCGGGUCGUUGAACUGGGGCUACAGGGUCGCGCUGAGAGACAAGAAAGUUGAUUAUGUCAAUGCCUAUGCUGAGUUCAUAGAGCCACACAAAAUCAAGGCAACAAACAAACGAGGAAAGGAGUCGAUCCACUCAGCUGCUAAGUUCGUCCUGGCAACCGGGGAGAGGCCGCGAUACCUUGGAAUCCCAGGAGACAAAGAGUACUGCAUCACAAGCGAUGACCUGUUUUCCUUGCCGUACUGUCCUGGAAAGACUCUGGUGAUCGGCGCGUCGUACGUCUCCCUGGAAUGCGGAGGCUUCCUUGCCGGCAUCGGACUCGACGUCACCAUCAUGGUGCGGUCCAUCCUGCUGAGAGGCUUCGACCAGGACAUGGCCAACCGUGCCGGCGAGUACAUGGAGGAACACGGAAUCAAGUUCCUGCGCAAAUAUGUUCCCAUAAAGGUGGAGGAGCUUGAAGCAGGUACUCCUGGCAGGCUGAAGGUGACAGCCAAGUCCACAGAAACGGACGAGAUCAUCGAGGGAGAAUACAACACUGUUUUGAUUGCCGUCGGCAGAGAUGCUUGUACGGACAAGAUUGGCUUAGAUAAAGUUGGAGUCAAAGUCAACCCAAAGAACGGGAAAAUCCCAGUCAAUGAUGUGGAGCAGACAAAUGUCCCGCACAUUUAUGCCAUUGGAGACAUCCUGGAGGGGAAGUGGGAAUUGACACCAGUUGCCAUUCAGGCUGGAAAGCUUCUAGCUCGACGCCUUUAUGCCAAUUCAACACUCAAGUGUGACUACGUCAAUGUCCCCACCACUGUUUUCACUCCGGUUGAAUACGGGUCUUGUGGUUUGUCGGAGGAAAAGGCCACUGAGUUGUAUGGGCCUGAUAACAUUGAGGUGUACCACACUCUGUUCUGGCCUCUGGAGUUCACCGUUCCAGGAAGAGACAACAACAAAUGCUAUGCCAAAAUCAUCUGCAAUAAGCUGGACAAUGACCGAGUCAUUGGCUUCCACUACUUGGGUCCAAACGCCGGAGAAGUGACGCAAGGCUUUGGUGCCGCCAUGAAAUGCGGCGCCACCAAGGAGCACUUCGACUCCACCAUCGGCAUCCACCCGACCUGCGCCGAGGUCUUCACCACCUUGGAUGUGACCAAAAGAUCUGGUGACGACAUCACUGGUGCUGGCUGCUGAGGUUAAACCCUGCUGGUUUAGCAGGAUGCCUCCUUCGAUGAUCCGCCAGCUCUGCUUCUCCGUCAGUUAAGCUCCGAUGAACCUCCAUCACCAAUGGAUGAUUAUGGGCAGCUUUCUCAGGACAAGUCAUACCCUCUGCCCACAUAGCUUGCUCUGGGAGUUGCUGGAUCUGGCUGAUUUGGGGGCGUCCUGCUGAACAGCGGGGUUACUCUGCUUUCACUCCUCCAGGGUUUCAUCUCUGUGUCUUUCUAAGAGGAGCCCCAGUGCACUGCACUAUCCUGUGUCAGUGUCUGGGCUGUUUGUGACGUCUUUGCCCUUAACCCAAAAUACUGUGGUGGGCAAGGGUCGAUGUACCUCUGUGGAAGCUCAGAUUGAUUCCCAAAUUCUUCGUCCAACUCUUUUCCCGUAUGGUUAUGUACACGCUGAAUUAAAAUUAGUGCUGAAUUUGUUAUUGGACAAUUUCAUCCAAACUACACUGCUUUCCAAAUGUGAGGUCCAAACUGAGUCUUCUUGUGAGGCUGGGGGAAAACCGAACUCGAGAAGAGAAUUGAGUUGAACUGAAUGUUCAAUCACUUAAUGCCUGUGUGCUUCGCCAUGCUGUCUGCCUCUUCAUGUAGCCAUGUGGAGUUUGUAUUCAGUCUUCUAAAAGUGGUCUCUGCCUCCAUGAAUGUUUGCAGUAUGAAAACAUUAAAGUGAAAUAUUUCCUUCAAA